ACGGAUUUUUCACCAAAUGCCCCUGAGGUUUACUUUAAUGCACCAAAUACCCCUAAACUUUCCAAAAUGCACCAAACACCCCUGACGUAUGCAAUAAUAUCAUUAAAUGCCCUUUUGUCUGACGGACGUUAACCCUCCGUUACCAUGUUUUUACCUUGUUGCCCUUACUUGUCCUUUCUGGCGCCAUAUCAAAAAAGAAAAAAAAAAAAAAAAAUUCAAAACCUAACUUCCCAACUUCUUCCUCGACAUUUCUCUCUGUUCUCUUACACCAUUAGAGAGCACUUGAGUACCAAACCAAAGAGAGAGAAAGAUCGAAAUUCGCUGGGAUUUGUGUAAAACAACUCGCAAUAGUUAGUCGAAGUAAAUCCCCACGAAAAGAUCGACAAUUUGGUCCAAAAAUCUGCAGUUUUCGCGAGUCCUACAAAAGUGGGUGCAAGGAGAGCAAAGGACUGGAAUUUGUGGCUUCAACUUCAUCAAAAUUGUGUCAAGGAUGGUCGCAAUUUGGUUGUUAUGUCAUUAUAAUGAUCGGAAUUUUGAUGUGAGGGUACAAGAUACUGAUGAAACGAACUACAUGGAUUUGGUUGAUGACUUGUUUGAUGAUUCUAUUAAGCAAGAUGUUCUGAUUCCCGAUUUAUUUAGAUUGUUUUAUGUUAAUCCUAGUACGAAUAAAAGAGUAGAAUUGUUGAAUGAUGUUGGUUUGAUGGGCAUGUGGGGUUUAUUUAAGCGCACAGAUACUGUGGAAAUAUGGAUAGAGAAGGCAAAUGAGAAGGAAACUUCAAUCCAAUUUAGGACUGCAGUUAAGAAAAGGAAGGAUAGGAAGGAAAGGAAGGCUGCAGAACUUAGAAGGAAAGCUGAGGAGUUUGAGAGGGAGAGGGAAGAGGAAAGGAGAAGGUUAGAAAGGGAGGCUGAGAUUCAAAGGGAUUUGGAGGAGCAAUUGGCAAACACAGUGGCAGUUGAGGUGCCUGUGUAUGAUGUUGAGGAUUUAAGCGUAGAGUACGUACGUGUUUACAGCUCACAACAUGCUGACUGCCUUUCCCCGGGAGGUUCCCAACCACCAAAUACACAAAAAGAGCCUUCACCACCACCAAGAGAGCCCUCACCACCACCAAAUGUUCCAUCACCACCAAGAGAGCCCUCACCACCACCAAAUGUUCCAUCACCACCAAGAGAGCCCUCACCACCACCAAAUGUUCCAUCACCACCAACCUCACCACAGACACAACCACAGCAACAACAACAACAGACAGAACAUUAGCAACA